UCAGUGAAUACAACAGUGGAUACCGUUGUUGUCGAUAAUAAUACCAAUAAUGUCACCGAAGAGUCAGACACUUUAGAAGAGGUUAAAUAUAAUGUCGAGAGUACUAAAAAAAUAUCCAAAUUAAAAGAGAUAAAAAUAUCACUCAAGAGAUUGUUUAAGAAUCCAAUUCUCAUAUUUCAUGCUUCGGCCGGAAUUUGUCGGUAUAUGGAAAUGCAAUACAGACAGUCGGCGUCCAGCGCUAGCUUUAUUACCGGAUCCACAAGUAUAGUAAUGAUGGCCAUUGGGAUAAUGGGAGGAGGAGUUAUCAUCAAAUAUUUUAAGCCAAAACCGCGACCUCUUGUUCUGUUUAUGUUUACCGUUGAACUGAUCGCCAGUUUCUCUAUUUUGUCCGCAAUGUUCUUCGGAUGUCCGGCCCCUGUGUUCCNCAUUGGGAUAAUGGGAGGCGGAGUUAUCAUCAAAUAUUUUAAGCCAAAACCGCGACCUCUUGUUCUGUUUAUGUUUACCGUUGAACUGAUCGCCAGUUUCUCUAUUUUGUCCGCAAUGUUCUUCGGAUGUCCGGCCCCUGUGUUCCCAAACGCUGUCAUUUCAGACGGAAAGAUGGCUUUGACGGACAGCUGUAACUUAGACUGCGAUUGUUCAACACAAGUGUAUCAACCGGUUUGCUCUUCUGAUGGUCUUUCCACGUAUUUCUCGCCCUGUUUUGCCGGAUGUCCGGAAUCUUCCAUUGAUAGGAGUACUAAUCCGAUUACUUUUGGAGACUGCGGGUGCGCUACCGGUGACACAAAUACGGUUCACAGCGGUUACUGUCCGUCCGAUUGUAACAAUUUUCCUAUUUUUAUAAUACUUCUCAGUUUGGGUUCAAUGAUUUCGUCGACCGCCCGGACGGGCAAUACUCUCAUUACAUUACGAUGUGUUGAUCCAAAGGACAAGAGUUUUGCGAUGGGAAUAAUUGGCAGCUUUAUGGCUGUUUUUGCAUUCAUUCCCUAUCCAUUGAUCUUCGGAGCCAUAACUGAUUCUACAUGUCUUGUAUGGGAAGAAUCGUGCGGUAAAACAGGGAACUGUUGGUUGUACGACGUGGACAAAUUCCGUGUGUAUUUACACGGCGCUGCCUUUGGCUUCAUGUUAUUGGGCUCUGUGUUUGACAUCGGAAUCAUUGUUAUGUCAAACAAAUUGAAGAAUCUUUUAGAUGACGACGACAUUGACGUUAAUAAUGAGGACAAUAAAAAUCAGAUUAAAUUAUUGCCAAAGAGGCUAAAUAGUAGUCAACAGGAAAAUGGUAAAAGUUGUGAAGUAUCAGAAGAGGAAAGUUAGAAAUUAGCAAAUAAUUUAUAUUUUUAUAUAACAU